AUGGAGCAGGAAAAUAGGUGGCCAGCUGUGCAUCAGUCUCCCAUGGAUAAUGAGCAGUCAACACCAACACUGCAUGUAUCUGUGUCUCCUGGAAAUAGUGGAGUUCAUCAGCCACCAGACACUCAACAUUUAUCAAGGAUGUCAAGGCCUUUUAUGUUAUCUGCUGAGGAAUCCAGGCAGAAUGAGGGUGAAGGGGAGUCACAGUUCAUUAUGUCACUACCUGAGUAUAGUGGGAGGUACUCCUCCCUGCCAGGGAUGGCAUAUAAGAUGCCUGACAUGCUGCCAGCCAAAACUGGAGAUGAAGGACCCAAGAUUGUGGACGGCCAACCCUCCGAGCAUUCCCCUCCAGAUCUUCUGCUUUGUAUCCCAUCCUUCGGACCCCUGAAACUGCUGAGGCUGGUUCCCGGCACCUCCCAAAUGACUCCUCCACCUUCCCAGAUGUAUCAUCAGAUACCAUCUAACCACCAACCAGGGAGAAUGAUUGACUCAGGAUCCCACAUAAUGCCCUUAGAAAGUCCAGGUACUCUGGGAGUGACCAUAGCCUUUAGAGCGAAUCUGAUGCCUCACAGUGGCCUGCCAGGCUCAACUUCUAGUGGAGUCCCAGUAAUGGCCCACAGCAGUGCCGCAACAUUGCCUUAUUCUGUCUCCUCAGUAGUACCUGCAACAAUGGGCUCUUUAAAUUGCGGAAUAUUAUUGGUCCCAGGCAUGCCUUCCACUGUGACCCAGGCCAUGUCCCCCUCUAUGGAUCAGACGUUGACCUUAAAUCUCUACCACUCUGGGAUACCCCAACCUGGGCUCCAGCCAUUGCCAGCUUUAGAAUCCCAGGACUCAUUUGAGACCCAGUCAAAUCGCCUGGAAGAACCUUUCAUCAUGAAAAGCCCACGGGGGACAGAGAACCCCAGGGUUCCAGGAGGGGCACACAGGAAGCCUCCCCCACUUUCAAGGCCUUACCCCUGUUCAUACAACAACUGUGGAAAAGCUUAUACCAAGUGCUCUCACCUCAUGAGUCACCAACACAAACACACAGGUGAGAAGCCCUACGUAUGUGACUGGGAGGGCUAUACAAGGUCUUUCUUCCGCUCUGAUGAGCUUGGACGGCAUGGAUGGAUCCACACCAGAGAUCGACCACAUAAAUGCAAGGACUGUGGCCAGCAGUUCAUGAGAUCUGACCAUCUCAAGCAACACCAAAAAAACACUUCACACUCAUCAGAUUUCCUGACAACUAAGACCAACAGUGGACCCACAGAUGGACAGACAGGUGGUCCUCUUGCUCCUGGUCAGAGGCUUUAG